AUGGCCAAGAGCGCCCCCGGUCCCGUUUACCCUGCAUACAAGAGCCCAUACGGCCCGAAGUACCACUACCAGCCUAAUGUUGCUGGAUGGACCCCUAAGCAAUUGACUGGCCUAUCCGACGGAGUCCCUGUGACCCGGGCAUGCAACAGAAGCGAACGGGAUGCGUUGGCCCCUGAGCUUGCAAACUCCAUCAUACGUGGCUUCAAGGCCGGUGCCUUUGGCGGUGUCGCCCUGUUCGCCGUCAUCUUCUACGCCUCGGGCAUCCCCCGUGUCCAGCAGGACAUCCUGAUGAAGGUCCCCGGCCUCCGCAACUACUUCAUCAAGGACGUCCCCGCCUCCGACAACCCCUUCUAA